AUGACUUCAUCCGUCCGUCAAAAUAUGUUCCCAAGGGUGGAAAGGGUACCUACGGUCACCAAAAAAAACGCUACCAGAAAGGAAGGGUUCCCCGCAAUCUCUUCGGACACCGCGGGCGCCCUACCUGCUAGCGACUAUUCGGACACCGCGGGCGCCCUACCUGCUAGCGACUAUUCGGACACCGCGGGCGCCCUACCUGCUAGCGACUAUUCGGACACCGCGGGCGCCCUCCCUGCUAACGACUAUUCGGACACCGCGGGCGCCCUACCUGCUAGCGACUAUUCGGACACCGCGGGCGCCCUACCUGUUUGGGACUAUUCGGACACCGCGGGCGCCCUACCUGCUAGCGACUAUUCGGACACCGCGGGCGCCCUACCUGCUAGCGACUAUUCGGACACCGCGGGCGCCCUCCCUGCUAACGACUAUUCGGACACCGCGGGCGCCCUCCCUGCUAACGACUAUUCGGACACCGCGGGCGCCCUACCUGCUAGCGACUAUUCGGACACCGCGGGCGCCCUACCUGCUAGCGACUAUUCGGACACCGCGGGCGCCCUCCCUGCUAACGACUAUUCGGACACCGCGGGCGCCCUACCUGCUAGCGACUAUUCGGACACCGCGGGCGCCCUACCUGUUUGGGACUAUUCGGACACCGCGGGCGCCCUACCUGCUAGCGACUAUUCGGACACCGCGGGCGCCCUACCUGCUAGCGACUAUUCGGACACCGCGGGCGCCCUACCUGUUUGGGACUAUUCGGACACCGCGGGCGCCCUACCUGCUAGCGACUAUUCGGACACCGCGGGCGCCCUACCUGCUAGCGACUAUUCGGACACCGCGGGCUCAACCCUCUCCCUGCUAGCUACUCCUCGAAAACAGUUGGCACAUCUUCCUCUGUGCUAG